AUGGAGAACAGCAGCAGCAGCAAUCCAGGGGACAACCCCACCAACAUCUCCCUGGCAAACAGCAAUGCCCUCUUUGCCAUGCUGGAAUAUAAGGCUCUCUCCGUCUUCCUGGUGCUGGGCGUCUGUGGAGUCGGCAUCGUUGGCAACGUCAUGGUGGUGCUGGUAGUUACCACCACCAGGGACAUGAGGACGCCAACCAACUGCUACCUGGUUAGCUUGGCGGUGGCUGAUCUGAUGGUUCUGGUUGCUGCCGGGUUGCCCAAUGUCUCCGAAAGCCUGACUGGAACGUGGGUCUAUGGGUACAUCGGCUGCCUGGGCAUCACCUACUUCCAGUACCUGGGUAUCAACGUGUCGUCCUGCUCCAUCACGGCCUUCACGGUGGAGAGGUACAUUGCAAUCUGCCACCCAAUGAAAGCCCAGGCCAUGUGCACAAUGUCACGAGCCAAGCGCAUCAUCGCUUUCAUCUGGGGCCUCACUGCGGUGUACUGCCUGCUCUGGUUCUUCCUGGUGGACAUCAACAUUGGCAGGAGCCGGCAGGUGGAGUGUGGCUACAAGGUCUCCCGCAACCUCUACUUGCCCAUAUACCUCCUGGACUUUGCCCUCUUCUUUGUCACCCCCUUGUUCCUGGCCACUGUGCUCUAUGGCCUCAUCGGCAGGGUCCUCUUCCACAGUCCUGUCCCGCACCAACCGGCUGCCCUCACUAAACGCUGCGGAGACUCAAAUGGCAAGGAGAGGAACGGCAGCUCCAGAACCAGUGUGUCCAUCUCCUCCAGGAAACAGGUCACGAAGAUGCUGGCUGUGGUUGUGGUCCUUUUUGCCUUGCUCUGGAUGCCCUACCGGACCCUGGUACUGGUCAAUUCCUUCGUGGAUCGCCCCUACCUGGACCGCUGGUUCCUCCUCUUCUGCAGGGUCUGUGUCUACGCCAACAGCGCAGUCAACCCCGUCAUCUACAACCUCAUGUCCCAGAAGUUCUGCCUCGCCUUCAAAAAGCUCUGCAAAUGCGGGGGGGAAGAGCCGUCGCAGCGGAGCUUCUACGUGGCCUCCAGCAGCUACAGCGUGAGGAGGGAGCCCAGCGUCCGGCGCCCAAGCAAAGGGGAAGCGGCCCCAUCGAAGUCGGUGAGAGAGAAGGACCCAGCUACCUUGGGGCCGGGGAUGACGACGUCACCCCACCAGGAGAAGGAGCUGUGUUUCAGCGUGGUUUGA